UGACUACUGUGAGAAGACCUAUCACAGACGGCUGAAAGGAAGACCAAGUUUUUGCUGAUCAAGACAAAUGAAGGAUUCAGUUGUGUGAUAGUCAGACAUAAAAAAUGAGCACCUGGCUGAUGAUGAUCUGGGUAUCUCUCACUAUGGGAACAGCGACAAAGGCGUUCAUUGUGACACAGUUGCCGACAGUUGCUGAGGUGAUGGCUGGAGAGGAUGUCAUUUUAAAGUGCAAUAUUGUGGAGUUGUACUCCCCGUGUUCCACGGUGGCUUGGCUGAGAGUCAUUCCUGAGAAUGCAACAAUCAGCCUUACUGACAGACUUCAAAUCGAUCCUCAUCACUCGUCCAACCAGUGGACCAGCAUUUGUACUGCUGUUAUCACCAAUUCAACAGUGCAUGACUCCAGUAUGUACUAUUGUGCAGCUGUGCAAAGCCGCUUUGCUCACAUUGGCAAUGGAUCCCGGGUUAUUGUGAAAGAACACACUGUGUUUCCUGUUAUUGAUAUUCUGACACCGCUGAUCCCAAACGGUCUUUUAGUCCCUCUUCAUUGUGUUGUGACCGGCAUUGAGGCUUCUCAGAUUCAUAUGUCCUGGGCUGUAGAGAGGAGAAAAGAGAAAGGACAGGCAGUUUUGACACAUGGGAAUAAUGGUGGUAUCCAGAUCACCAGGAACCAAAUUCUGAUCACUGCUGAGGAGUGGGAUAGGAAGGUGAAGUGCGUGUGUGUGGUGAAGUUUAGAGGACAGAUCUAUACCAAGACCCUUCAGCGACAUCAUGAUGCAUCAAACGUGUGCUAUGCUGUAAAACACAUAUAUCUGUCUCUCUGCUUCAUUUUUGGUUUCCUGCUUCUGAUAACAGUGAUUGUUUAUGUUUAUAAACUGGGACGAAAAACUUUUGUGAAGAUGUGUCAAUGCAAAAACUUAUUCUCUUGUUCAGUCUGACAUUUUGGAUCACUGUUUCCAGGUCCAAACGCUACCAGAUGCCCCAAGAAAACAACAAACGGUGCUAAUAUACACUCACGAUGGGAUGUAAUAUGAAAAAUUAUAGUCUUAAUCUUCAUCUCCAUACCGAAAUCCCAAAUGGCCAGACAGUAAUUCAUCUGUUAUGAAUCAUUAAAAUACUUGAGUUUGGGAUGUUGUGAGUACAAAGUAGGCCUAGUGUACAGCGUACAUUUUUAUGUGUGUGCAUAUGUGUAGGCUAUAUGAAUAA